GCUUCAAAACUGGUGAAAAAGAUCGGAGUAGCAACACCCAAAGCGCAAGAAAUGCCUCCAAAGAACACAGCCGCCGCUGCGACUAGAACAACCACCUUUCAGUGCUCAAUCCCUUUUCUCUUUCUCUGCUUCAUUUUCGCUUCUCUUCUCUCCCUCUCUCUCUUCUUGUUACUCUACAAUUCAAGCACAUCUUUUCCAAAUCCUCAAAAUACCUUUCAAAAUCCUCAAAAUUCCCUCAAAGUCUACUUAGCAGACCUACCUAGAUCCUUCAACUAUGGCCUUCUAGACCAGUACUGGUCAUUAUCCGAACCCGAUUCCCGUACUAGCUACGACCCAGAUCAUACCCAGAUUGGCACCAUAAACAACAAUCACAAAAAUUCUAAACACCCUCCAUAUGCUGAGAAUCCGUUGAUCAAACAGUACAGUGCGGAAUACUGGAUCACCGGAGACUUGAUGACACCGGAGAAUUUGAAGUCUCAAUCUUUUGCUAAAAGGGUAUCUGAUAUUAAUCAAGCCGAUGUAAUUUUCGUACCAUUUUUUGCUACAUUGAGUGCGGAAAUGGAGCUCGGAAGAGGGAAAGGUACGUUUAGGAAGAAAGAAGGGAAUGAAGAUUACAAAAGGCAAAAGGAAGUUGUUGAGUUUGUGAAGAAUUCUGAGGCCUGGAAACGAUCCGGUGGAAGAGAUCAUGUUUUUGUUCUAACAGACCCAGUUGCAAUGUGGCAUGUAAGAGCUGAGAUAGCGCCAGCUAUCCUCCUGGUGGUGGAUUUUGGUGGAUGGUUUAGGCUUGACUCUAAAUCAUCCAAUGGUAGCUCAUCAGAUAUGAUACAACAUACUCAAGUUUCGUUGCUGAAAGAUGUAAUUGUUCCAUACACACAUUUGCUUCCUAGAUUAAACUUGUCAGAGAACAAGAAACGCCACACCCUUCUUUAUUUCAAAGGAGCCAAACAUAGGCACCGGGGAGGUGUGGUUCGAGAAAAAUUAUGGGAUUUGUUGGUUAAUGAGCCCAGGGUAGUCAUGGAAGAAGGCUUCCCCAAUGCCACUGGGAGAGUGCAGUCGAUCAAAGGCAUGAGGACCUCAGAGUUCUGUUUGCACCCAGCUGGGGAUACCCCUACUUCUUGCCGACUUUUUGAUGCCAUCCAAAGCCUCUGUAUACCUGUUGUUGUCAGUGACCACAUUGAACUCCCAUUUGAGGGGAUGGUGGACUACACAGAAUUUUCUGUUUUUGUGGCAAUUGAUGAUGCCUUAAAACCAAGUUGGCUUGUGAGUCGUCUUAAAAGCAUUUCUGAAAGGCAGAAGGAUGAGUUUCGUAAAAAAAUGGCUGAGGUUCAGCCAAUUUUUGAGUAUGAUAAUGGCCAUCCCGGCGGUAUUGGACCAGUUCCUCCAGAUGGUGCAGUUAAUCACAUAUGGAAAAAGGUCCAUCAAAAACUGCCUAUGGUUACAGAAGCCAUUGUUAGGGAGAAGAGGAAACCAGCAGGUGUAUCGAUUCCUUUGCGGUGCCAUUGUACCUAAAUGAAUGACAUUUUCUCUCUUUUUCUUUUUCCUUGUGGAGUAACAAAAUUUUUUUUUGGAAUGAAAUUUGUUGUUUUAGAAAGCUUAA